AUGGGCGUUCCUUCUUUAUUUAAAUACCUCUGUCGUCUAGUCCCCAACUUUACACGACGUGCAAGGUGGAACGAUGACUUUGAUUUUUCCCAGCCGAACCCGAAUGGGCGAGAAUAUGACAAUUUAUAUAUAGAUUUGAAUGGACUGAUUCAUGGCUCAUUAGAUUAUACAACAAUAGAACAAACAAUAGAAUCUUUAAACCAAAAAAUAUUAGAAUUGGUUUCCAUAGUACGCCCGCGUUCUUUAUUGUUCAUUUCUAUAGAUGGCGUGUGUCCCGUUGCCAAAAUGGUUCAACAAAGAAAGAGGCGGUUUACCCCCGACAAUGAAGACGGGAAUAAAAUCACACCGGGAACGGACUUUAUGGAGAAAAUCUCGACGGGUGUUGAGUCUUUUAUUUUGUCUCAAAUGAAUAACGUUGGACUUGACUAUUUCAGGCGAAUUAAAACGAUAGUGUCUGGCGUUCAUUCUCCCGGCGAAGGCGAACACAAAAUCAUUGAAUUUAUUCGGUCGCAGAAGAGAGUCACAGAGAGUCAUGUGAUAUGUGGAGAAGAUGCUGAUUUAUUGUUACUAUCAUUAACCCUUCACACUGAUAACAUUUUCAUCUUAAGGAAGUUCACUCCACCAACUAAACAAUACUCUCGACCAAAGAAGAAUGGCCACGGACACGCCAAAGUCGCAAAGGACAAAAGUGCGAAGAGUGAAAAGCCGCAAAAGUCCGACGUCCAACUGUUCGACUUUGUGAACAUCACUUUAUUGUCGAACAAAUUGGUCUCGAUGAGUGCGGAGAUGGGAAAAGAGAUCAAUCGAACACAGCUUGAAAAUGACUUUGUCUUCCUCAUGAGUUUAGCUGGAAAUGAUUUUGUUCCAAAUGUUCCCGGUGUCGACGUGUACUCCGGGAGCUUUAAAAUGGCGCUUACGUGUUAUUUUAAAUUAUCGAGUGGUGGGGUCUUCUUGACCAAAAAUGACGACAUCAAUUUUCCGGCAUUUAAAGAGUUUUUAGAGAAGUUGCGAGAGAAUGAAGAGAUGAUGGUCAAGACGAUGGUAAGAACAAGAACAACGACCUGUCCUGGUGUGACGGGGUAUGUCACAAAAGACACAAACAAAUUAGUUCGGAUCGGGGAAGCCAAUUGGAGGAGUCGCUAUGAGAAAGUGUUAUUUCAAAGUAAUGAAGAAUAUAUGAAACGAGGGGUGAAAGAGUAUAUUAAAGGGAUAGUCUGGGUCUAUUUGUAUUACACUGGCCAUCCUAUAUCAUGGGAAUUUGGGUAUCGUCCUUUUUAUGCGCCAACUUUGACGAUGUUAAACACUUACUUCGAAGUCGAUAUCAAGGAAGUGAUCACCCCAACACCUCCACUCUCUCCUUUAGUACAACUCGUCUUGGUUUUACCACCAAAAAGCUCCCGAUUUCUUCCUUUACCAUUACAAACUAUAUUUGAAGAAGACUGGUUCAGCGAAAUCAGUCCGAAGAAGCCAACUAUCGACUUGAAUGGGGAGUGUGUCGGCUAUAAAGGUAUUCCUCUCGUCAACUUCCCUUCAAUUGAAAGGGCAAAGGAAUAUGUGAACGCACGAAUCUCAAGCCUCACUCCACUCGAAAAAGCUCGUGACCGCGUCUUAGAUGAUAUCUUAUUUGUUUUCAACGGAAUACCCAACUUCGGCAAUGUACUCGAGAAAAAGGAAAUCGAUUUUACUCACCACGGCGUCUCAGGUCAACUCAUGAGCACGCGAUAUGGCUUCGACGCUUUUUAUUUCAACGUUCAAAACUCCGUGAUGAAAGAACUUCAGAACAAAUUAGUCUUCGGGUACUUCUUCAAGUGUUCGAAUUCACUGUAA